AUGCGUGUCUUCACCCUCCUGGCCACCGCCCUCUCGGCAUCUCUCACCGAUGCCUUGCCCGCCAAUGACUUAACUCCCAGGGCAGAGACCCAAUACGUCGGAUACCUCAUCUCAACCUUCAGUGACCCAACUCCCCAAGUGCAAUGGCAUCUGUCGGACGGAGACUCAGCGUCUAGCUUUGAGUUCCUGAACGACGGAAAACCUGUUUUGACCAGCAACGUGGGCACUAAAGGUGUAAGAGACAUCUUUCUCACUACGAAUGCUGCUCGCUCUGAAUUCUUUACUAUCGCUACCGACUUGGAUAUCAAUGAUCCCGAUUUCUCAUGGGAUAAGGCAACUCGAAAAGGCAGUCGAGGUCUCGUUGUGUGGUCUUCCAAAGAUCUUGUGAACUGGUCCAAGCCCUCCCUCAGAAUUGUCGAGUCUGAAACGGCUGGCAUGACUUGGGCUCCCUCUGCGGUUUGGGAUGAUGCCAAAAAGCUCUACUACGUCUUCUGGUCAGCCAGGCACUACGCUACUUCUGACCCCGAGCACACCGGCACCGCAAGUCUCGAUCGCAUCAGAUAUGCCACUACGAAGGACUUUGUCACAUUUAGCCCUGCCAAGGAUUAUCAUGCCCCCAAGGACACGGGUCUUAUUGACCAAGAGUUCCAGUACCUCGGCAAGCCAGGUCAUUUUGUACGCUUCCUCAAGAACGAGACUGUCAACCAGGUAUACCAGGAGACUUCAACAACAGGUCUCUUUGGAAAAUGGGACCGUAUUCCUGGCUAUGUGCGACCCGAGUCGCCGCUUGAGGGGCCGGGUUCAUUUGCUGAUCUUCGCACCCCUGGGUUAUACCAUCUUCUCCUCGAUGAUUACACACAGUACAUCCCUUUUCAGACUACUAAUAUCCUGUCACCAAAAUGGGAGAAGUCUAACUAUCCGAACUUCCCCAAGGGUUUGAAGCAUGGUUCGGUAACACCUCUGACAAAGAAGGAAUAUGAUGCGGUUGCCUCAAAGUUUGGAAAAUAA